AUGUUUAAAAAUCUGAAAAGAUGUGUAAUAACAUACUUUAUCAAACCUUUUGCAGCUCACACAACAAUUCACGGGGUUCCUUUGGUGGUUACUCCACGGUUGCAUCCAUUGGAAAGAUUAUUUUGGAUAACAACGAUCUUACUUUCGGCAACGGGUGCGGCUUCCUUAAUAGUAUCAAAUUGGCAAAGAUACAAUGCCAAUCCAACCGUCGUUAGUAUACAGAAAGACUUCCGAAACUGGAAUAAUUUGCUGCCCUCUGCAACGGGAUGCUUCAAAACGAAGUACUCUCAGGAGUUGAUGGAUAAUUAUAUCGAGCAGGCUUGGGGAAUCAUGGUGAAUGACACGAAGUACGAGUAUUAUGCGAAAUUUGUUAAAACUGUUGCAAAUGUUUCUUACCACAGUCUUGACGCAUUUGCGAAGUUCGCAUCGGACAAGAAUUUAAAUAAAGUUAACUUGCUCGAGUUAGCUGCAAAGGUUCAUCCCAAGUUAACAGGGACGCUAGUCACGUAUGAUCCGAAGCGCAAAACGGAUUGGAAGCUAAUUAUGGCGGAGCAAGGAAUAUGUUUCACAGUCAAUAAUAAGUUUGCCAACGUGUUGACAUUUAAUGUAGAAGGUGUUAAAGUUAUUGACGACGAUGCCGACGAGACAUUGCUGACCUGUCACUAUUUAAACGGUCUAUGUUACGCUCGAUACGACUCAGAUCCUCAGUCGCACAUAAGCUUUUUUAUACACUCCUACAUAGAAAUUGCCGAUGCGAUUGACAGCCGUUCAUAUACGCUAGGAGAAAGCGAGGAACUAGAGGUAAACUACUUCAUGGAGGAGACUAGUUCCUCGCCAACCUUACGAAAACUAACACCUUCGCAAAGAAAAUGUCGAUUUGAUGAUGAACCUAUAACAGAUGAUUUGCAAGUGUAUAGUCCAACGAUGUGCUAUUUAACUUGUAGAUAUCAUAUCGUAUUCCAAUUUUGCGGUUGCCGGCCUUUUUUCUAUCAUUUUUUGGGUGGAAAAAUUUGCAACAUUACCGAAAUGUUGUGCAUUGCUAAACACGUUAAGGAGAUAGCAAAACCAUCUUCAGAUUUAAACUGCGAGUGUCCUCAACCAUGCCACAACGUCGCCUACCUACCUUUACCCAUAAAGAAAGCAACUUGGACGAGCGGAUAUUUUGAUCAAAGGCUAACGUUUAGGUGGGGUCUUCUUCAUCCAACCACAAAGUAUAGACGAGAUGUCCUGUUUAGCUUUGAAGAUCUUGUAGUUUCACUUGGAGGUUCUUUGUCACUUUUCCUGGGAAUUAGCUUCAUAAGCCUAAUUGAAAUUGUAUACUUUUUGCUAAAUUUUUUUUGCCAUUACGUCACAAGUUAUUCGCAAAAGGCUCCCAAGAAUAAACAAAACAAUAAAGAAAACAUUGUAAGAGUCGUACCGGUCGGAUAUAAAAAAUAAGAAGUUAUCAACUUUCACAAAAUGAAACAUUGCACGUAUUGUCAA